AAACAAAGUUCUCCUUCUGCCAUUCCCAGUUGCGGUUGCCAAGCAACAGCUGGCUUGUUUGGGGGUGGAGCUUACGAGGUUUGACGUGCUCAUGAUGUCAUAAUGUCAUCUAAAGAUCAAAGCCAACUGAAAGUGGCUUUGGUUCAAAGGCAAACAUUCCGUCUGGACGUCAGGCUAUAAAAGGACCAAAAUCCAGUCUUUUCAUAAGUUCAGACUUGACUUCAGACGUGAAGAUCUCCACUGACAACGUCUUACUCGUAGAAGAAGCCCCAGGAAAUCAUCACUUACAAUAACCUCCGGAUACUUCACUUUUCAGCACGUUCAUUGCGUUCCAAGGAGACGAACACAGCGACUACAGACCGUCAACACGAUGCAUUCAGCAAACAGAAAAGAGAGCAGGAAUCAGACCCUUCCCCUUCGCCCGCUUGUCCAGGUGUUCCUUGACAAGCUGGCGGAGGUACAGUGGACCGAACUGGAAUCAAGUUCUAUUGACAGCACAAUCGAAGAUGUCUUAAGACUGUGGAGUUUCAACGUGAUUUUUACUACAGAUAUAUUUGAGACAUUUGAACGAAGCCAGUCAGAGGGGUGCGAUUUACAUUUCAUCCAAAGUUCCUCCAAACCCUCCACAAAGAACGUCACUGCAUAUGAAAAACGAAUCCGCAAGCAUCUGGGUGACCACAUGUCACUGACUUUUGCGGAGCUGAAGAAUGUCCUUGAAUACGUCCACUGCCGAAGCUCAGAGGACGUGACAGAGGAGUUGAUGAAAGAAAUAACCAGGUGGAUAAACUCUGAGCUUUACAAAAGUUGUGAAAGCAGCAGAAGCAGCAGUGAAAACAGCAGCGAGGAAACCAAGCAUCUGGUCUCCAAGUCUUCCACCUUCAGACAGAAGUUACAAAUUCAUCACAUGGUGGAAACAUUAAAGAACUGCGCAACCGUGAUGGCAUCUGAGACGUUGCAUGAUGACAAAAAAUAUCCUGAAAAGGAAGCUCAAGAAACCUCACAGACCUCACAGACCCUGGUAACUCCUCUGGAAGAGGAUAAACCAGAAAACACUGAUACUGAUGAAAGAGUCAUUCUUAAGACCGCUGUAGCCAUCAGGAAAAUCCUGACACGAGACACGAACAGGAUCACUGACUUUGACUCUAAUGACGACAUCAGGAUCAACGAUGACAAGGUGCUGAUAUUCAGCAUCCAGAAGGAUAUAGAAAAAGCAACAUUUGAGAUUCUUAGACUCAUACUGGACGAACUUAAACUCAAGACAGAUGGCACCCCUGAGGAGGAGUCUGAACCAGUGGAUAAAACAUCCCUCUGGAAGAGGGUGGAGAGAGAAAUCAAGAUCUUUUUUGUUCAGAAAUUUGUCAAGGAGUCAAUCAUUUGCCUUGUGGUAAAACUGAGAAUAAAAUUUGACUGCUUCCCACCACAGGAAGAAAAGAGACUGUCAGCACUGCUGGAAGAGGUGGACUGGCUGCUGGAAAACAUGAUUGCAUUGGAGGAAUAUAUGGAGACAAAAGAGGGCACAGAUCAGGGGUGUCUUUUCAAGAAAAUCACCUAUGACAGUUCCAGCUGUCAGCGCAGCAUCACGGCUAAGCGGCUGUGUGAUAGAGUAAACCGCUAUCUUCAACCCAGUCCACCUAAGCCGCAGCAUAUGGAGGAGAUUAGGACUGAAGUGGACAUUUUUAUGGAGCUGAUGUCCAACUGGCUCAAACAGCAGGCAGAGCAGCACGAGAGAAAGACGGACAAAGUGAGUGCUGCUCUGAGGAAGAUCAAGAUAGUGGCGGGAAACCUGCCAGCACUCUCAGAGAACCCUCUGGAAAUGAAAGGUGACACUUCAACAUCUGCUGUCACAGAAGAGCCAGCUGUGAGGGAUGAAACUGACGAAGCACAACCAGACCAGGAGUGGGACGAAGCGUGCCAACUCAUGGUGACAAUGCUGGUUGAGAAGAUUAUCAAAGAUAGCACUAUCAGUCUGUGCAGGAACAAUACUUUGCUCAUCAUCAUGACGCUGAAAAAGAUGCUCUUGGCAGAGAUUGCAGGCUGUGACGCUGUAAUCAAGCCCAAUCCAGACGAUAUUCAACAGAUCGUGAAAGCGGUGAAGAAGAACCUGUACGAGAUGAUGGGCGGCCCACGGAAGAUGUUCAUUAAGCUGCAAGCAAAAAAAUCGUGGCUUUAUGAAUGUAUAAUUAGUAGUCUAAAAGAGCAUCUGACAACACCACAAAGAAAGACCGGUAUUAAACAGUUCUUCAAAUCUCUUUUCCGAUUCAGAAGUGGCACCAAAGAGUAAGCAGUGGCGGGCCGAACAGACCUUUACCAGAGGAGGUUCUCUGUGGGGGUGUGGGGUUGCACCACUUUCCAUUGAAUAAUUGGAUAAAAACCACGGUGAAACAAGAACAAAUCUAACAAAUACAAACAUCAACAACA